CAGCAUCAAAAAUGAAUGAAAACAUGCAACUGUGACACAGUGCUUAAAUAGAACCUGAAGCAUCUCCGCAGGGAUUGACAGAUGCAGCCAAGCCACAGCAAGGAUGGAGGGAAAAGCUGGAUGGAGAGAACAAGAAAACAAAAGGAAGAGUGCAUCCCCACUCUCUGGGGAGGAAAGGGUUAACCCCAUUACAACAAACCAAUCAGAGCAGGGAGCAACACUGCAAAACCGCCGCAGUGAGUGAGAGAGGGAGACUACGAUAGAGAACAAGUGAACGAGAGAGAGAGAGACGGACAAGCAAGGAUGAGGAGGCGCAACAGAGGGGUGCAACAGCAACACGUCAAUGCAACACAGUUUGAAGAGAGCGUGUGAUCAAGAAGUGAAGGAAACAGUCAGCAGGACAGUAGAUCAAAGUCAGAGGACGUCUGUUUCACUCCUCUGACGGUUCGCACGGGCAGCGUUUGAUUCAUGCUCCUCUGGGGGGAAGCAGGUUUACACGCGCUGACAUGCAACGCCUGCAAAAGUGUGUGCAGAAGAUGCACUUGUGGAUCUCAGAUGAUGCUUUGGUGAAGCUGUAGCUACUCUACGUUGCAUGACAGAUGAGAACUCUAGGAGCGCAAAGGGUUGUAGGAUUAAAGAGCUGAAGAAAACUUCCUCCAAAGUGCAUUGCGGCACAUCUUACCCAACUCUCAGGAAGACAUGCAUUAGUGUUGGGUCUGUCCGGUCUGCGAGGAUGUUCCCUUGAGUAGAUUUCCCAGGUGAAGGCAUUCCCAUGCACACCACGUUUUAAACAUGAGCUUCGGACAAUGUUGAUGAUGCAGCCUAAAGGUUACCUUCUAUGAGAGGACAGGAAAUUACAUUUCCUACACCCAGAAUGCACCACCCCCUCAUGCUGAACUAAACAAUUCUGUGACCUUGGAUUCUUUGGCAGAUGGCACAUGCAAAUCAGCAAACGCAAAUCAAUAUGGAUUUAUCACCUUGUAGGGCUCAUAAAAAUGCAAGAACGGGAAUACAUCAGCAUUGAAGGAACAGUAUGGGACCAGGUUACUGGAUUUCUCCGAGGGUAUUGAGGGAGAUGAAAGCAACUUCCUAACCCUAGCGUGGAUAUAAUAUUAAAUCAAAACAAUUGUUUUCAGUCGUCAAAUUAGUUAAGAGAAAUGGACACUUGAUCUCUGAAUCACUCGCCUUUUUUCUUGGACUCCUAAACAAACCAAAACGAGAUCUCUGAUCUCUGAACAAGAAUGACACCUCUUUGUUAGGUCUGGACAUGGCAGGGGUCCAAAUGUGACGUUUGGUUUAGUAAUAAUAAAAGAAAUCACCCCCAAAUCGUCCUCCCUGACCAUUAAGCGAGAAAAUCGCUUGGAUUACAAGGAUUAAGAAGUGCAGAAUACUUCCUUUAAAAAGGCCAUGCAUGGGGCUGAUGUACAACUUGUACCCCUUCCAGACUCUCCCGACUCAAUCGCUGACUCCCGAGGCUGAGAAAGAAGCUGGAAGGGGAAGGGAUAAUGCACGUCCCUCCCGCAACGGAGGAAGAAAGCACCAUGAGUAACGUUACAGUUCUGGACAUCACCGAGUCCGUGAGUCCCGCCAUGACGCCGGCCGGACCGUAUCCUUACCCGCUCAGCUUCCAGGUGUCCCUGACUGCAUUCCUCAUGCUGGAGAUCGUCCUGGGACUGAGCAGCAACCUGACCGUACUGGCCCUCUAUUGCAUGAAGUCCAACCUGGUCAAUUCCGUCAGCAACAUCGUCACCAUGAACCUCCACGUGCUCGACGUGUUGGUGUGCAUUUGCUGCAUCCCUCUGACGAUUGUGGUGUUGAUGCUGUCUCUGCAAGGCGACACGGUGCUCGUCUGCUGCUUCCACGAGGCCUGCGUGUCUUUCGCAAGUGUGGCUACAGCGGCAAACGUGCUAGCUAUCACUUUGGACCGAUAUGACAUCUCCGUUAAACCGGCCAAUCGUGUGCUGACUAUGGGACGAGCGGUGGCUCUGUUGGGUUGCAUUUGGGUGCUGUCCUUUGUAAGCUUCUUGGUGCCAUUUAUCGAGGUGGGAUUCUUGGGACCGGAACCCUUCAAAGCCAAUCAGACCGCCGUUGUGCACGUCAAUGAAUAUUACACCGAGCUAGGUUUGUACUACCACCUAGUAGCCCAAAUCCCAAUUUUCUGUUUGACUGCCGUCAUCAUGUUGGUGACAUACGCCAAGAUCCUGCAGGCGCUCAACAUCCGAAUCGGCACGCGCUUCCACGCCACGCAGAAAAAGAAGAAAAAAAUGAGGAGGAAAAAUAACUUCUCCCUCAUGUCAACAUCUGAGCAGCAGCUGCCCGAGAUCACAGACGCCUCGCAGAGCAGCAACCGCGGAAACGCUCCGCUCGGCAUGCGAAUGUCUGUCUCGGUGAUCAUCGCCCUGCGAAGAGCCGUCAAACGCCACCGGGAGCGGCGCGAGCGCCAAAAGCGUGUUUUCCGCAUGUCGUUGCUCAUCAUCUCCACGUUCCUCCUCUGCUGGACUCCCAUCACCAUUUUAAACACUGUGAUCCUCAGCGCAGGCCCCAGUGACCUCACGGUCAAGCUCCGAAUGGGUUUUCUGGUCAUGGCCUACGGCACCACGGUCUUCCAUCCUCUCUUGUACGCCUUCACGAGGCAGAAGUUCCAGAAAGUCUUGAAAAGUAAAAUGAAGAAACGAGUGGUUUCCAUCAUCGAGGUGGAUCCACUGCCGAACAACGCGGUGAUUCGAAACUCCUGGAUCGAUCCCAAACGGAAUAAAAAAGUGACUUUUGACGAUCACGAAGCCAGGCAGAAAUGUCUAUCAUCCGAAGAUGCAGACUAAAACCACUUUGCAACCUCCAGGAAUGGGAAUAGUUCUCAUAAAAACACUGUUAUACAUAAAGGGAACCAUUUGAUGUGAAUAUUAGCCUGAAAUGAGCAUAUAUUGAAGAAUCGGUUAAUAUUUAUAACUAACUUGGAAUAUAAUAUGAUUAUAAAUCCUUUAUAAACCACUGUAUGUACUGUAAAUACAUGAAAACUCAUACAUACUCUUUAUCAGUUAUGUACCUCGUUUAUGACUUGUAGACUGUGUAUACAUGUAUUUAUAAUAAACUAGGUGGGGAAAAAGACGAAAUCCAUCUACUUUUCGACUUGAACGCAGAAUCGCAGAUGCUAUGAAUAUCUACAUCAUUUUGUGUAUGGAGUAUAUUAACAUAUUGUUUCUGUAGAAGAAAAAAGGAGAUUUAUUACUGACCUAUAAAUAAUCACAUAGCAAUUCAUAUGUUAAGUUCCGAACACAAACAAAAUACGAAAAAGCACUUACAGAAGUCGUCAUGAUAACUCUUUUGCUUUGACUAAUUGCAUAUUAUGCAUCUUAAGUCAUCAUGUGUGUGAAGAUGAAGAGAUUAUUGUUUCUGUGGAACAACAAAGGAGAAAUAUUGACGAAGCAUCACAAAGCAAUCAUAUGUUAAUCUCUAAAAACAAUGAACAAAACACCAAAAAGAACUUACAAUAGUCGCCUUGUGUUGCUACACUAAGUCUUCUAAAGUCAUUUGACACUUUGCA